CAACGGCGGAGUAAAAGGGUGGGCUGUAGAGUCGAGCCACCGCACCCGGGUGGUGGGUACCGAGUCCCUGCAGAGGGUCCGGGAGGUGCUUGUCGCAGCCCAGAGGUGAAACUAUGUAGCCUCUUAAGAAGCUCACUCUGACCACUCUGAAGUCCAUAUGGCUCUGUAUGAUGAAGAUCUGCUGAAAAAUCCUUUCUACCUGGCUCUUCAGAAGUGGCGACCGGAUUUGUGUAGCAAGGCGGCCCAGAUCCACGGCAUUGUCUUAGUACCCUGCAAAGGAAGCCUAUCAAGCAACAUUCAGGCCACUUGUCAGUUCGAGUCCUACAUUUUGAUACCUACGGAAGGACAUUUUCAGACCUUGGAUGGAAAGAAUGUCCUUAUCGAAGGGAACAGAAUUAAGCUAGGAGCUGGCUUUGCCUCUCUCCUCUCAGUACCUAUCCUCUUUGAAGAGACAUUUUAUAAUGAAAAAGAAGAAAGUUUCAGCGUCCUCUGCAUAGCCCAUCCUUUGGAAAAGAGAGAGAGUUCAGAAGAGCCUUUAGCACCUUCAGAUCCUUUUGCCCUGAAAACCAUUGAAGAUGUGAGAGAAUUUUUGGGAAGACACUCGGAGAGAUUUGACAAGAACAUCGCUUCUUUCCACCGAACCUUCCGAGAAUGUGAAAGGAAAAGCCUUCGUCACCACAUAGACUCAGUGAAUGCCCUCUACACCAGAUGCCUCCAGCAGCUUCUGAGAGACUCGCACCUGAAGGUUCUUGCAAAGCAGGAGGCCCAAAUGAACCUGAUGAAGCAGGCAGUAGAGAUGUAUGUUCAUCAUGAUAUUUAUGACCUGAUCUUUAAAUACGUGGGAACAAUGGAGGCAAGCGAGGAUGCUGCCUUUAACAAAAUCACAAGAAGCCUUCAAGACCUUCAGCAGAAAGACAUUGGUGUGAAACCUGAGUUCAGCUUCAACAUUCCUCGUGCAAAGAGAGAACUGGCACAGCUGAACAAGUGCACGUCCCCACAGCAGAAGCUACUGUGCCUGCGCAGGGUAGUGCAACACAUCACACAGUCUCCCAGCCAGAGAGUGAACUUGGAGACCAUGUGUACUGAUGACCUUCUCUCAGUCCUGUUAUAUCUGCUUGUGAAAACAGAGAUACCUAACUGGAUGGCAAAUUUGAGUUAUAUCAAAAACUUCAGAUUUAGCAGCUCAGCCAAAGAUGAGUUGGGAUACUGUCUGACCUCAGUCGAGGCUGCCAUUGAAUAUAUCCGGCAAGGAAGUCUCUGUAUGAAGUCUCCUGAGUCUGAGGGCUUCGGUGACAGAUUGUUCCUUAAGCAGAGGAUGAGCUUGCUGUCCCAGAUGACACCAACACCUAUUGACUGUCUGUUUAAGCACAUUGCAUCUGGUAACCAGAAAGAAGUGGAAAGACUUCUGAGCCAAGAAGACCAGGACAAAGAUGCUGUCCAAAAGAUGUGUCACCCGCUAUGCUUCUGCGAGAACUGUGAGAAACUCGUCUCUGGGAGGUUGAAUGACCCAUCAGUUGUCACUCCAUUCUCCAGAGAUGACAGGGGUCAAACACCCCUCCACGUGGCUGCUCUCUGUGGUCAGGCAUCCCUCAUUGACUUCUUGGUCUCCAAAGGUGCCAUGGUGAAUGCCACCGACUAUCACGGGUCCACCCCGCUCCAUCUGGCGUGUCAGAAAGGCUGUCAGAGCGUGACGCUGCUGCUGCUGCACUAUAAGGCCAGCACCGAGGUGCUGGACAACAACGGGAAUACUCCGCUCCACCUGGCCUGCACCUAUGGGCACGAGGAUUGUGUGAAGGCGUUGGUUUAUUAUGAUGUACACUCCUGCAGACUGGAUAUUGGCAAUGAGAAAGGAGACACGGCCCUGCACAUUGCUGCGAGGUGGGGUUACCAGGGCAUCAUAGAGACGCUGCUGCAGAACGGAGCCCCCACAGAGAUCCAGAACAGACUGAAAGAAACACCGCUCAAGUGUGCAUUGAAUUCAAAGAUUCUGUCUGUAAUGGAAGCCCAUCAUGUGUCCUGUGAAAGGCCUUCCAAGGUCCCUUCACAGUCCCCUCCACAUUCCAUGGAUUCCAUCAGCCAGGGCUCCUCCACCUCCAGCUUUUCUUCCAUGUCGGCAAGCUCUAGGCAAGAGGAAAUCAAGAAGGACUACAGGGAGGUAGAAAAACUUCUAAGAACAGUUGCUGAUGGAGAUCUAGAAAUGGUGCGUUACCUUUUGGAGUGGACAGAGGAAGACCUAGAAGACAUGGACAGCACUGUCAGCACAGCGGAGCUUGAAUUCUGUCACCCCUUGUGCCAGUGCUCCAAGUGUGCUCUGGCCCAGAAGAAGCUGGCAAGGAUUCCUGCCAGUGGGCUUGGUGUGAAUGUGACCAACCAGGAUGGCUCCUCCCCUCUGCAUGUGGCUGCCCUGCAUGGCCGGACAGACCUCGUCUCCCUCCUACUGAAGCAUGGUGCCUAUUCUGGUGCCAGAAACACAAGCCAAGCUGUCCCACUCCACCUGGCCUGCCAACAGGGCCACUUCCAGGUGGUGAAAUGUCUGUUAGAGUCCAAUGCAAAACCCGAUAAAAAGGACCUCAGUGGGAACACACCCCUCACUCUCGCCUGUUCUGGGGGCCAUCAUGAAGUUGCUGCACUCUUGCUGCAGCAUGGGGCCUCCAUCAAUGCUUCCAACAACAAGGGCAACACAGCCCUGCACGAGGCUGUGAUAGGGAAGCACGUCUUCGUGGUGGAGCUGCUUUUGCUGCAUGGAGCAUCCGUUCACAUCCUGAACAAGAGGCAGUACACGGCUGUCGACUGCGCUGAGCAGAAUUCAAAAAUAAUGGAGUUGCUUCAGGUAGUACCAAGUUGCGUUGCUUCGUUAAAUGACAUCGAUGAGACAGACCACAAGGAGUACGUGACUGUUAAGAUCAGGAAAAAAUGGAACUCAAAAAUGUAUGACUUACCAGAUGAGCCUUUUACUAGGCAGUUUUGCCUUGUUCACUCAGGGGGUCGGUUUCCGGAAAGGACUUCCCGGGAGAUCAUGGCAAGGGAUAGAAGUGCACCUAAUCUCACAGAAGGGUCUUUGCAUCAGCCAGAGAAGCCGAGUGUCAUGGGGAAGCAGAAAGACCUGUCAGAGCAAAGCAGAUGUCAGACUUCUGAGGAAGGAUUCAAAGAGAGACCUGUCGUGAGCCAGGCUGUCCCUGGACAUAGGCGGAUGCUCCGCAGGCACACGGUUAAUGAUGCUGCAGUACUCCAGGGCCCAGAUAUGGCUGGCCAACUAACCACACAUGAGGCUAGUGUUUCCCAGUCUUAACAGUAAGGACUGAAUUUGCUGCUGUGAAAUGAGUAUGGAGGAAGGAGGCUGAGCAUGAAUACAGCUUAGAACUAAGUACACUUUUAAGUAACCAGCUUGAGACUGUCCUCAGCAGAGUUCUCGAAAGCUUUUCUGUGGCUGGGCGAAUGAACACAACAAAAAAGCCCUUAGCACCCUCUCUCCCCAGUUCAAAGCUAACCGAUAUACUUGAAAAGGAAUGGACACAGCCAGCCCCUUAUUCUAAGUAUUCGGAUUUCUUGGUUACAGGCAGAGGUUUCCCCAUCAGAUUCUGACCACCUUUGACUAGAAGGUGCUAAACUUAUGUGGUACGGAUAAGUUAGCAAACCGUGAUCUAAAAGGAUUCCCCCAUCUGGAGGAAGUUGGAGAAGGCAAUUUAGAUUUUGUGAUACUGUGGACACCAGGCAGAAGCAUCCCCUUGGGAUUAAGAGAUGGAACCUGGAAACUCCUUUGCAAAGCAACACCUGUACCAGAAGAUGCAUAGAUGCCAUGUUGACGUUCUGUGAGGAUCUGUCGCUCUGGUCCACACCAUGCGAAAGGAACAGUUGGCCAUGACUUCCAACAGUAUACAGACGCUUGGUCAGUGCACGUGUGCACCUGUAGCAGUUUCUGCAGCCGCCCCUUUCCAUGGAGACCGACCCUGGUCACACCUGCCAGAUGGUUACUAGAGAGCAGAUUUGGCACAUCUUUGUCUUUUGAUUCAGAUUCAAAACUUUGAGCACAAACCAGGUCGUUACUUUAAAUUAGAGCUUAUUGCCAUUUAUUCCUUUUUAUGAAUGUCUAUAGAUUCUGUUAUUGUUUUUAUGUUACUGGUUUAGAGCCGCAAACAUGGGUUCAUCCUGAGUACAUAUUCAGAGAACUUUGUAAUAGGGAAGUGGUUUUGUGCACGUCCUUGGAGAGACCUGUGUAUUAUAGAAGGAAAGGGAUGUUUUUCUACAAAAUAAUUUAUGACUUCUAAUUUUCUAAUGUGCCUUGGAAAUGUGCCAAACGAUGGAAAAGAAACAGUAAACUCUGAUUCUUGAGCGUGUCAGCA